AUGGACGGCCAAAAGCCUGUCACAAAGGUCGUUUCGCUUCUUGAGACGAUGACGCAGAAGCUGGAGGAGGAACAAAAGGCAGACGAGGAACUGAAGGAAAAGUUCGAAUGCUGGUGCAAGCAGAACAACGAUGAUAAAUCUGCGGCAGUUGCAGCUGCUCAGGAGAAGCUGACAAGUUUGAAUGCUCUCGUCGAGGAGCUGGGGCCCAAGAUCGAUCAACUUGGAACGCAAAUCCGUACAUCCAACGUCGAGCUCAACAAAAACAAAGCGACUGUGGAUAAAGCCAACGCAAUCCGAAAACAACAGGUGGAAGCCUUCAAGGAGGAUGAAGCAGCGUUGCUCGCCUCAAUCGACCAGGCUUCGAAGGCCAUCACAGCCUUAAACAGCAGUGCAUCGGACGAGAUGAAGCAGGCCUACGCGGCCAAUGCUGGAACUGCACUGCUGCAAAUGUCGCCUAGCGAAAUGAAAGCCUUGGCGCACGGUCUGCAACAGGUGAUCGAGAAUCGUGGUGCACUUUUGUACAGCAAGCUCUCCCGUGCCGACAGGGUCACCUUAGACGAUUUUCUGAAAGAUCCUUCCAAGCUCGUGAAGGGCAAUGCCUUCCUGCAGCGAGAAGAUCCGACCAGCACGUCCAGUUCGAUUGUCGGCAUUCUCCAGACUAUGCUGGAUGACUUCAAUGAAGAUUUGCAGAAAGAGGUGUCCGAAGAAAGCCAGAACGACAAGUCCUUCAAGGCACUCAUUGCGGCCAAGACUGACGAAAAGAAGGUGUUGGAGGAGCAGAUCGUUGCCAAGACGCAGGAGAAGUCCGAUGCUGAAACCACCCUGGAGGCGUCGAAGCAAGACAUCAAGGCGACGACCAAGUCCAUCGCAGCGGACGUGAAGUUUCAGGCUGCUGUGGAGAAUCGAUGCACAACGAGCGAUGACAAGUUCAAAGAACGCAUGCAGAGUCGAAUGCAAGAGAUGACGGCUGUGUCCAAGACCAUCCAGGUCCUGCGCAGUGAAGAGUCACGUGACUUGUUUGGGAAGACAGUCUCGCUUUUGCAGCAGUCGGCACAUGCUGAGCGGGCAGAGCGAGCUGCCAGCAAAGCCAGCGCAUUCCUGAUGGAGCAGGGCCGCCGGCUUGGUGUUCAGCGCCUGGUCACCUUGGGGCUCCGGGGCAGGAUCGAUGCCUUCACAAAGGUCAAGGCGUCCAUUGAGGAGAUGAUUGUGGCGUUGAAGAAAGAGCAGGAAGACGAGCUCAAGCACAAAGAGAUGUGUGUGGAUGACUUGAACCAGAACAAGAUCAACACCGAGGACAAGCAGGGUGUGAAGAGCCGAGCUGAGGACAAGAUCGAUGCCUUGAAGAAGAAGGUGAGCGAUUGUGAGGCACAGAUCGAGAGCUUGAACUCAGAGAUUUCCGAGAUGCAGAAGCAAGUGCAACUUGCCAGCCAGUCCCGACAGAAGGAGAACGUCAAGUUUCAAACCGAGGCAGAUGACCAGAGACAGACGCAGGUUGUUCUGAAGAAGGCGGUCAAGUUCCUCGGCGACUUCUACCGCAACUCAGCCGAGAGGGCUUCCUUGGCCCAGAUUCGAGCUCACAGGGCCCAUGAGGAGCAGCCAGAGGAUCUUGGCAGCCCUGAAGGCUUCGAGGAUUACAAGAAGAACGCUGGGGGUGCUGGUGCAAUCGCGCUGAUUGAGACCAUCAUCGCAGACUCCGCAAAGUUGGAGGCGGAAGCUGUUUCAGCUGAGCAGGAUGCGCAAACAUCGUACGAGAAGUUCGUGGCCGAAACCGGCGAGAAUAUUAAGGCAAAGACGGCAGAAGUUGACAACAAAACAAAGGAGAAGGCAGAUGCAAAGAAUGAUAAGGCCGAGGAGGAGGCCACAAAACAAGCAGCGGUCGAAGAGCUUGAGGAGUUGUCUGAAAGCAAGGCAAGCCUUCAUAAAGAGUGCGACUUCUUCAUUUCCAACUUUGAGGUCCGUCAGACGGCAAGAUCAGAAGAAAUGGAAGCCCUGGGCAAGGCCAAGGGCAUAUUGUCUGGUGAAUGA